UUGCUGUUUGAAUAUGUGGGUGAAAACUAACACACACUUCCUACUGCAGAGUUAGAACUCCAGUCAUCUUUGUGUAACAGUCACUGUCAGCAUGUCUGCUGUCUGGCUAAAGCUUAUAACCAUCCUUUGUCUCUCCUGCACAGCCCAGGGUGACCCAGGAAACGGUGGGGUGGUGUGGAGUGAAGUUGGACAAGCCAUUACCAUCCAGUGCCAGUCCUCUGAAACACUCCAAGACAGCCUGACUUUGACGAAGGGACUCAAUGAGGAGGUUGAAGCUGUUUUUGUGGACCGUACAACACAAAACUUUAAAAUUGCUGAUCCAUUCAAAGGCAGACUUCAGUUAAAUAACCGAUUUCCUACAGUGGACAUUCGCAUCAAGAACUUGACCUCUAAUGACACUGGACCCUACUGGUGUGUGUACAAAAGGUUUGACACGCAAUCCGCUCAGAUCAUAACAUCAAAAGGCCAAGGAUCUGUGCUCCUGGUGGUGACAGAUGCAGCUUCAGCAGCCCUGUCUCCCCGUCCCCAUAACUCCAAUGAACCGGCCUUACUCCCAGGAGACAAUGAGGGGUGUGAAUCACCAAAUCAGAAUCUGGUCCUGGUGUGUGUUGUGAUCUCGGCUGCUGUGCUGCUCGGCAUCAUCCUUUGCAUCCUCGCACUGAUCUUAGUCAAGACCAAGAUUCUGCGUACCAGAGAGAAACCGAGACGAGUCACCAACAAUGAUGUUUAUGAGGACAUGCGAGGCACACUCAGACGCUGAGGAUGUCAACCUGCAAGCAGCCAACCAACCUGAAACUCUGCACCACUGAGGUACAAGUGAUGCAUGUGAAGCAAUGUAGCAAGUCAGCGUCUCUGCAGACAUACUCUCAUAUUUCCUAAGGCCUUAUCUGGUUGUAAGUAAGCGAAAGACAGUUAAGACAAUAAGGUGCCUGAUUUUCAGAAAUCUACAAGAUGAGAACACCUGGCUCCUCACUGAAGAUUAUAAAUGGUUUGGCAGAGUGUGUGGAAUUAUAUAACACAACUUUGAAAGUAGUAGAGAGGCACAAAUUUGGCUUGUGUGAGUGGAAAAAACAACCAUCUGACAAGUUUAUUCUUGUACCUUUUGUAUGUAUUAGUUAAUGUAUAUAAAAAAUGUCGUAUUGAUAAUUGUAAGGUUCAUUUGAAUCAGGAUGUAAAGUUUAUGUUUUCUUAAUUUUUACUUAACUUGUUAUUUCCUUGAUUUUAAAGGUGUUCCAUAUAAAAUUUGAAUGUGAACUGAUUUCAGAUCAUUUCUGAUUUCAGAUCACUGAGCAUCCUGGUUUUCCGAAAACACAUUUCACCAAGUAAUAUAAAGGUGACUGUGUUAAACAUGGCUACACGUUGCACAGAUUUAUAGUUUUAUGUAUCAAGAUGACAAAUUAUAGGAAUCGUUUCUACAAUACAAAAUAACAGAGGCAGGCUGUCCACUGUAGUAAUAGUGUGAAUUUACAUUGUUUACUAAAAAGAAAAGUUUGGUCAGUAAUUUCUAAGUGUAAGUGAUUGAUUUACCAAAAUAUUUCAAACCAGUGUGGACCACAUUAAAAUGGAUGACCCUGUAUGAACUCUGUAAGGUCAAGGUGUGAAUCAGACACAUGGUUUGGGUCACAACAACAAACAAGCUAUAUCAAUAAUACUUCUACUGUUAGCAUAAUUAUUUUGUGGCUAGUCUGUGGUUCAAAUUUUUACACUGCUUCAGCCACCAACAUCCCACAUCAAAUCAGUCCAAUUAUCUCUGUGGUUUUUGAAGUUAAUUCAUUAAACCUUGAAUGUAGUGAAGUGUUUUUAACUUAAAUAAAAUCCUGUUGUUCUUUUUUU